UGCGCCAAAAGUCACAAUAGAAACCGUGGAGCCCUUGGUUUGUGGUUUCAACAAGCAAAAAUAAAAUCUGAGAAGUACUGAUGGAAAAAUGGAACAAUCAACGUGGGAACACCUACCAGACGUUGUAAUAAUUGAGGUCUAUAAAUACCUACAGGAUGAAGAAAGAGUCAACGCGGCACUAACGUGCAAAAACUGGAGAAGGUUGUAUUACACACCGUGUUUAUGGAGGACAAGGCAUUUUGAUGUUGGUGGAUACCGGAUACACGCCAAUGCUUUGAAGGCGUGUCAGUUUGCUACCCUUCUGGGGAGGCAUGUGCAAAAUUUAUCAAUAAACUGUAGCCAUCCUUCAUAUCAUACAGCUAAACUUUUUCAAAAAACAAUGAAUGAAUUACUUUUUAAAAUGCGCCACUCAAAGUUAAUUGAAUUUGAAUUAGAGAGAUUGGAGCUAGAACGGUUCUGGAGAUGUGAAACCGCAAGAGAUCGCCUGAUUUCAAGCUUUGUCCGAUUUUUUCGCUAUCAAGAUCGUAUACAGAUCUUUGAUAUGACGGCAGCUCAGUUUUCAUCCAUGGGCGGAAUUCGUGUUCUGGAAACACUCGGAAGCCAGUCCGGAGAUACCAUAAAAGAAAUGUACAUCGAGGAUUUCUUCCACCCCCGUCUAGCAGUUUUCCAAGUACCACGAUACAUCAACAGUUUAACCUUAUUUAAAAGUGUAGAAUUCUUAGCGUUAAACUACAACUGUAUAUCAGAGGAGGUGAUCCUCCUUUUUGCUAAAACUUUAGCUGGAAAGCUAGACAUGAUAAACAUUAAAGUUUACAAAAAUGAUCCAAGAUUUCAUAGGAUAAGUGGAAAUGCAUGGGGAGUUCUUAAACGUGCUUGUCCGAAAGUAGUAGUUACGUUCUGGUUCGAGAGCAUCGGUUUCAUGCACGAAAUCGUACCGAUCCUUGUACGGGAAAUUCCUGUACGCGAUUUUCACAUCUGGACAGGUUACGAUGAUGAUGCAGACUGGAGGCUCAAUGAUACAAUACGUCAUCUUCACCUAAUGUACAAACACUGCAUAGAAUCUGUGUCGCUGGAACUGGAUAACACCCAUGAAAUGGUGGACGAAGAAAUUCUACAGCUGGUGAAGACGUGUCAAUGUCUAAGGGACUUAACUCUUAAUGCUGUCAUCCUUGUCUCCACGGUUAGAGAGAUUAUGGAGCUUCAGAGAGAACGUAAAAUUGAGUUGAGAACAUUGCGGGUAACUGCCUGUAGCCUGACAGAGUUAGAAUGGGCCCAGCUGGCCGAAAUCAAAGAUCACUACAGCACCAUGAUAGAAGAGAGAGGCCUCGACUUUAAAUUCACAACAGAUUUAAUCAUCGAUUUUUCUUAACAAUUAAUUCAAAUGCAUAAGAAUACAUAAUAAAAAAAUUUGUAUAACUUAAUAUACAUUUAAAGUUUUGGAUAAAUGUACAUUCACAAGAUCUUAAAUUUUAGUAC